UGGGGUCCCUCUCGGGUUACAUACGCAGUCAGUGGCUUUAUGAAAGUUUGAUUCUGACUCACACAAAAGCAACUCUGUGGAUAUAAGAGGAGACACAGACACAAGGACUUAAACCUGUUUCAAACUAAAUAAUGGAAAUGCUACAUCAGUUUAGUUGCUCAGAUGUCAAAGUACAGAAGCUUGACUGGUGAGUUGUUGACGUAGUUGCACUACAUUUGCUGAUAUGAGCGGAGUUUCAGUCUGCGUCAUGUGAAAGUGUUGGACUUUGUUUAUGACCAAUCCAUAAUUUGUGAGAGGGAGGUCGCUGUGCAGAGAUGGCGAUGGUUUGCCUGACAGAUUUUGAGGAGUAUGCCAAGGAGCAUCUCUCAAAGGCCACCUGGGAUUAUUAUGCUGCUGGAGCCGACGAAUGCUGCACCCGAGACGAUAAUCUGCUGGCUUACAAAAGGAUCCGGCUGAGGCCUCGCAUCCUGCGGGACGUGUCGGUGAGCGACACUCGGACAACAGUGCAGGGGACGGAGAUCAGCUUCCCGGUGGGUAUCGCUCCUACUGCCUUCCACUGCUUGGCCUGGCAUGAAGGAGAGGUGGCCACAGCUCGGGCCACUGAGGCCCUCAACACCUGCUACAUCACCAGCACCUACUCCACCUGCUCAGUGGAGGAGAUCGUGGCGGCGGCACCCAAUGGCUACCGCUGGUUUCAGCUGUACGUGUACCGGGACCGGAAGCUGUCGGAGCAGAUCGUGCACCGCGUGGAGGGGCUCGGCUACAAGGCCCUGGUCCUCACCGUAGAUGUGCCCUACACCGGGAAGCGCCGCGAUGACAUCCGCAACCAGUUCAAGCUGCCGCCGCAUCUGAAGGUCAAGAACUUUGAUGGAGUGUUUCAGCAGGAGACUGCUGGUCCAGAGGAGUAUGGGAUCCCAGCCAACACCCUGGACCCCUCCAUCAGCUGGAAGGACGUGUACUGGCUGCAGUCCAUCACCCGUCUGCCCAUUAUCAUCAAGGGUAUUCUGACCAAGGAGGACGCGGAGCUGGCUGUGGAGCACGGUGUUCAGGGCAUCAUCGUGUCAAACCACGGGGGGCGACAGCUGGACGGGGGCCCGGCCACGAUUGACGCGCUGGCAGAGAUCGUGGACACGGUGCAGGGACGGCUCGAGGUCUAUCUGGACGGAGGAAUCAGGACAGGCAGCGAUGUUUUGAAAGCUCUGGCCUUGGGAGCUAAAUGUGUCUUCAUUGGCCGUCCGGCAGUGUGGGGCCUCGCGUACAAGGGUGAGGAAGGACUCAGGGAGGUACUGCAAAUCUUAAAUGACGAGUUCCGCCUGUCCAUGGCUUUGUCAGGUUGCAGGAACGUGGCUGAAAUCAACAGGAACCUCAUUCAGUUCUCCAAGCUUUGACCCACCAGCAGGUGGCAGCACUGAGGCGGAACAGGACCGGCCGCUGACUCCAACCUGUCAGAAGCCGCAUCGUGUCAGACUGAAAGAUGUUCAUGAGAGAGUGUUAUGGAAAAGAUGAGGGUCCUGUUUCUGCUUUUGUUUUUAGGGGAUCAUGAAACCAGCCACGUUUGGUGAUAGAUUAUGACCCCGAGGUUUAAAACGCUGCCUGUGUUUGUGGCUUAAUAAACAACAUUCAUUGGG